CGGGGACGUUUUGACCCGGGGACGUUUUGUCCGGUAACGAACUGACAACUCUACUUCUUUAACGUGAUGAAAUACUUAUUCGAGGCCUGAAACAGGGAAAUUUAACUGGUUGGCCUUAUCAACUGAUAAAGCUUGCAAUGGACUCCACUGAAGGCCACAGAUUGGUUCAUCUCGAUCUAAAGGGUGCUCCACCAAAGAUCAGUUACUAUGAGAAACUAUUCCCCCUCCUGCACCAGUUAGGUGCAACUGGUCUUCUUGUUGAGUAUGAAGACAUGUUUCCGUACUCGGGGGAAUUGGAAGUGUUGGCAUGUAAAGAUGCAUAUAGGAAAGAUGAAAUAGAAAAGUUCAAAUCUUUGGCUGAAACUAACAAUUUGCUAGUGAUGCCCCUUGUUCAGACCUUUGGUCAUUUUGAAUUUGUUCUGAAGCAUGACAAAUUCCGUCAUUUACGUGAGGUGCCUAAUUAUCCAAUGGCACUCUGUCCUGCAUUAGAAGAAUCAUUCAAACUUGUGUGUGAUAUGAUAGGUCAAGUAGUGGAGCUUCAUCCUGGUCUUCCAUGGUUCCACAUUGGUGCUGAUGAGGUCUUCCACAUGGGUGUGUGUGAUAAGUGUAAGAGCAAAAAGUUACACGACAUCUAUCUAGUGUACAUCAAGAAACUUGCCCUCCACUUACGGAAGCAGUAUCCAGGAAUGAGGCCUGUUAUGUGGGAUGAUGUAUAUAGAGGCUGGCCUCUUGAGUUGUUACAAGGUUCUGGUAUUGGUGAUUUAGUUGAGCCAAUGGUCUGGAACUACAAUCGCACUUUGCAUUUCCCUCCUGGUAUCUGGGAACGCUAUUCUUCGGUGUUUGACAACAUCUGGUUUGCCAGUGCUUUCAAGGGUGCGACGGGGUCAGCCAUGUACCUGACGGACUUCGGGUAUCACUGUGAUAAUCAUCUUUCCUGGCUGGCGGUGAUGAAAGAGGAAAAAGCAAGGCUGAAGACAAUCAGAGGAGUUGCUUUGACUGGAUGGCAAAGGUAUGACCACUAUGCUGUCUUAUGUGAGAUACUUCCCGUCAGCAUUCCAUGUUUAGCUUUAUGUCUUCAAACCCUUGUGAAUGGUUCGUUUACUCCAGAUAUUCACCAAAAUGUCUCACAAGCUUUACACUUCAAAGACCUCAUUCCAUGCAAUCCUUUCCUCGUCACUGAAGACGUUUUGUGUGGCGACUUCCCUGGUAGUGCCAUCUAUAAAUUGUUGCACAUUCUGCUGAAGAUGAAUGCAGAGUAUGAAGAUUUCUUGAAGGAUGAUAGACUGAAUGGAUGGAUGACCCCCUUUCAUAUUAAACACGGCUUCACCAAUCCUGUGCAUAUAGAGCAUGUCAUGUGUGGAGCAACAAGGGUUCUGGAGAACUUAAGACAGAUCCUUGCAAGAUUACAGCAAGAACUGCCUGUUGUCUUCUACCAGAGUAUGGUUGAGGAAUGGCUGGAAAUUAAUGUCAUUUCGAAGGUGAAGCAGAUGGAAGAAAUCGUCAAGAAUUGUACAAAGCAGAUUGCAAUCGGUGGACGAAUAGCUGAUUACGAAGGAGUUGAGGAGUCGAUGAACGAAUGCACAUAAUUAUUGGAUAAUUUUGCGAGACGAGUGCUGUAAAGCAAGUAGGCCUACUAUUAAGCCGGGACAUUUUUGUGUGCAUUUGAAUUUUGCGAUUGCAUACAUGUAUUGUUUCAAUCAUCACAAAUCUGUAAAAACUACAAGUUUCCUUUGGUGCCAAAUCCUGACAAUAUCAGGCUAUUUCACUCGAUACAUACUUACUCCCUUAAUGCGUGAGGAGAAGUCGUGUUGUAGGUCCUGUUUGCAAGAGGAUGCUGGUGCCAGCACUGCCGUGGUGUGUCAUUUCCAUUGAAAUGUUUGCCAAAGUAAACAAACAGUGUAGGCCUAAUACUUUAAAGUUUGGUGCUACAUGUACAUGGAUAUCUGUGAAAUCAUGCCUCGAAAAUAAAAAUUAAUAAAUAUGGAUACAAGGGAUACUCUUGUUGUCUAAUCUUUGAUUUUGGAACACA